UGCAAAUAUAAGUGACAGAUUUGUAAAAAUAUGAUGUUAAAAAUAUUUUACAGAUAUUUAAAUCUUUUUCUCAUUUGUUUUAUUAUUUUGACAAAUGAAAGUAAAAGCUGAAAGAGCUUUAUUAAUCAUGACAGUUGUUAAAGCGCAUCCAAACCAAAAAAAUAUUUGCAAGAAUGUUGCAUCGGUUGGCCAAUCGACUAAUACAAUCACGUGGAAUAUUUAAAUUUCCGAGACAAUCUCGCGCGACAAUCAAAAAUUUGCGAAGCUUUCAUGCCAAUGUUAGUCCAGCGGAAAAAGCAAAGUGCGGUGUGGACAACAGCCAGAGUAACUAUCCUCUGAUAGAUCAUUGCUACGACGUAGUGAUAGUAGGAGCAGGAGGCGCAGGAUUAAGAGCGGCUUUCGGUCUCGGCAGCAAGGGAUAUCGCGUAGCGGUGAUAUCAAAACUAUUUCCGACUAGGUCGCAUACCGUCGCUGCUCAGGGUGGUAUCAAUGCCGCCAUCAAUGCCGAGGAGAAAGAAGACAAUUGGCUCUACCACAUGUAUGAUACCGUGAAGGGAUCCGACUGGUUGGGUGAUCAGGACGCUAUACAUUUACUCACGAGGGAAGCGCCUCGAGCAGUUUUUGAGCUCGAAAAUUACGGUUGUCCCUUUAGUCGUACAGAAGACGGUAAGAUCUAUCAACGCGCUUUCGGUGGUCAGUCGUUAAAAUUCGGCCAAGGUGGACAAGCUAAGCGUACCUGCGCUGUUGCUGAUCGAACCGGCCAUGCGGUACUUCACACCCUUUACGGGCAGAGUCUUCGCUACGACGUGCAUUAUUUCAUUGAGUAUUUCGCUCUCGAUCUGCUCAUGCACGGUCGAUGCUGCAAGGGAAUUCUUGCAUGGGAAUUGGAAACCGGUCUUUUGCAUAGAUUCAGAGCUCAACAUACGGUGAUCGCAACGGGUGGUGCGGAAAGAUGUUACUUCUCCUGCACUGCGGCGCACACCUGUACCGGUGAUGGUAUGGCGAUUGCGUGUCGAGCAGGACUGCCGUUGCAGGACAUGGAGUUCAUCCAAUUUCAUCCGACCGGCAUUUAUGGCAGCGGUAUACUCAUCACUGAGGGUAGCAGAGGAGAAGGUGGCAAACUCGUUAACUCCCUAGGAGAAUUUUUCAUGGAGAGAUACGCGCCCGUAGCUAAGGAUUUAGCCUCUCGCGACGUCGUCUCGAGAGCUAUGACCCUUGAAAUACUGGAGGGAAGAGGCAUCGGACCAAUGAAAGAUCAUAUUUAUUUGCAAUUAAAUCAUCUACCAGCCAAGCUGUUAAGAGAAAAAUUGCCUGGAAUUUCACACCUCGCCUGGGUGUUCGCUGGAGUGGACGUGAGGAAGGAACCAAUCCCCGUAAUUCCCACGGUGCAUUAUAACAUGGGUGGCGUACCUACAAAUUGGCGAGCACAAGUAUUAACACGAGAAAACGAGGAGGACAGACCGAUCGAUGGCCUCUGGGCAGCUGGCGAGACUGCAUGUGCGUCUGUUCAUGGCGCUAAUCGACUGGGCGCUAACAGUCUUCUGGAACUUGUGGUCUUUGGCAAAGUCAUCGCCGAUCAAAUCGACUGUAUCGCCAGACCUGGUGAACGUCAUGAAGAUCUAGCACCACACAUCGGUGAACAGUCGAUUUGUCGUUUCGAUGCGACUCGUUAUGCGAAAGGCUGCGUUCCUAUAAUCGAACUGCGUAACGAGAUGCAACGCACGAUGCAGAGGUAUUGUUCGGUAUUUAGGACUUGCGAUAUUUUGCAACGUGGAUGCAGGGAGAUAACCCGUCUCUUCACGUGUGAUUUACCGGAUUUAUGUGUGCAAGAUCAGUCCCUCAUUUGGAACACUGAGCUCGUCGAGGCCUUGGAGCUACAAAACAUGAUGAUCGUUUGCAUGCAUACUGUCUACGCAGCCGAGAAUCGAAAGGAGUCGAGAGGCUCGCACUUCAGGGAAGAUUUCAAGGAAAGAAUUGACGAGUAUGACUACGCAAAACCGCUCGAAGGACAAAAAAAACGACCUUAUUCGGAACACUGGCGUAAGCAUACGCUUACAUGGGCUCAGGAGGAUGGAGCGAUUUGCAUCUCUUAUCGGCCUGUUAUCGAUACGACUCUAGAUGAGAACGAGGCUCAACAUGUACCACCUGCAGUUCGCGCGUAUUGACCUGACAAAUGAUUAAUUGCAAACAGUUGUUAAUUGAAAUGUUAACGAGAGUUAUUAGCGAUUAUAGAGCGAUUAUGAAUCUAAUCGAAUGUCUCGUUAACACUAAUAUCACAUUUGAAAUCAAGCACGUAAAAUCAGGGAAUUUACGGAUUAUAAAUUAUCACAAAAUUCAUGAAAAAAAUUUCUUGUCUAUAAAAAUGUAUCACUUCUCAUAAUAAUUUAUCAUAAGCACGUUCUACAUUUCUCGGCGCCUCGCAUGUGAUAGAGGUUAACUGUGACUCAUUGACAGAAUUAAUUAAUGUGAUUCUUAUAUCAAUUAGAUUGCAAUGAAGAAAAAACCAAUCGAGAUUGGCGUUAUAUUUUUAAGGUAAUUUUCAAAAAAUAUUCUUUUGAAUUCUUGUGCAUCAAAGAUUGAUAGAGAAUGAUACGGAAGUAAUGCAAGAAUGUUAUAUACAAUGAUGAUCAACAUUUCCUUUUUUUGUUUUUAUGUAAAAAAGAGCAAGCAAAGAUGAUUCAGCGUAAUUGAGCAAUGUCAUUGCAUCUUUGAGUAUGUUAGUUUCAUAAGAGAUAAUCAUUAAUUACAACUUUUUGUUCACUGAUAACGCAAUUACGAUAUCGUGAUGAUAAAUGUUGAAUAAAUUAUUUACUGAAGACAAGAAUUUUUUUUACUGAGAGAGGGUAAUAAUUCAUAAUUACUUGAUUUCUCUCUGCUAAGUUUAUGUAAUACUAUAUAUGUACAUCUGUUUUUACAUAAAAAAAAAAAGAAUUCAACGAUCUGUCAGUUCGCAUUAAGCAUUAAUCGUUUAUCCGUUCAAU